GUGAGGAAGCAGGGCUGUGGUUCUGAGUGUAUGUGAAGAAGCAGGGCUGUGGUUCUGAGUGUGUGUGAGGAGGGGGGCUGUGGUUCUGAAUGUGUGUGAGGCAGCGGGAGUGUGUUCAGCUCACACGGACUCGUAUCAGAUUCGGCUGCUGGUGUUUCCUGGAGGCCGCUGAUCCAGAGGGAGGGACGGAGAUGGGCAGACAAUGAGCCUAAAGUACUGGUUUGGACCGGAUUUUCUCUCUAAAUAAACCAUGAUUCCCAUCACUGAGCUGCGCUACUUUGCCGACACCCAGCCGGCGUACCGCAUCCUGAAGCCAUGGUGGGACGUGUUCACAGACUACAUAUCCAUCAUCAUGCUGAUGAUCGCGGUGUUUGGGGGGACACUACAGGUCACGCAAGACAAGAUGAUAUGCCUGCCCUGCAAGUGGGUCGUCAACAAGACCUGUGACACCUACUCGGCUAAGAAAUACGUAAAUGAAACCCUGUCCUCAUCACCAGUUGUCUUUGAACCCAAGGGGAUCCAGUAUGAACUGGACCGGCACCAGUACAACUAUGUGGACGCCGUGUGCUACGAAAACAAGCUCCACUGGUUUGCCAAGUACUUCCCUUACCUAGUGCUUCUUCACACACUUAUCUUCUUGGCGUGCAGCAACUUCUGGUUCAAGUUUCCCCGCACCAGCUCCAAACUGGAACACUUUGUGUCGAUCCUGCUAAAGUGCUUUGACUCCCCCUGGACAACACGGGCCCUGUCAGAGACGGUGGUGGAGGAGAGUGACCCAAAGCCACCAGGUAAAAUGAACGGGUCAAUGGACAAGAAGGCGUCCUCUGUGAGCGAGGAUGUGGAGGCGAGCAUACCCAUGCUCCAGAGGACUAAAUCCCGCAUCGAGCAGGGCAUCGUUGACCGUUCGGAGACCGGUGUCCUGGACAAGAAGGAAGGCGAGCAGGCCAAGGCCCUGUUUGAGAAGGUGAAGAAAUUCCGCAUACAUGUGGAAGAAGGCGACAUAGUCUACCGCCUCUACAUCCGACAGACCAUCAUCAAAGUCAUAAAGUUCAUCCUGAUCAUCUGCUACACAGGGUACUAUGUGGGCAAUAUUAAGUUCAGAGUAGACUGCACGGUUGAUAUCGAGAACCUCACAGGUUACCGCAUGUACCGCUGUGCCCAUCCCUUAGCCACUCUCUUUAAGAUCCUGGCCUGUUUCUACAUCAGUCUGGUGGUGGUGUACGGGUUGAUCUGCAUGUACACCCUCUGCUGGAUGCUGAGCCGCUCUCUGAAGAAGUACUCCUUCGAGUCCAUCCGAGAGGAAAGCAGCUACAGCGACAUCCCAGAUGUGAAGAACGACUUUGCCUUCAUGCUGCACAUGAUCGACCAGUACGACCCGCUCUAUUCCAAGCGCUUCGCCGUCUUCCUGUCGGAGGUGAGCGAGAACAAACUCCGCCAGCUCAACCUGAACAACGAGUGGACACUGGAGAAGCUGCGGCAACGGAUCACGAAGAACUCCCAGGAGAAGCUGGAGCUGCACCUGUUCAUGCUGAGCGGCAUCCCGGACACCGUGUUCGACCUGCUGGAGCUGGAGGUCCUCAAGCUGGAGCUCAUCCCUGACGUCACCAUCCCCCCCAUCAUCGCCCAGCUCGCUAGCCUAAAGGAGAUGUGGCUCUACCACACGCCCGCCAAAAUCGAAGCCCCGGCCUUAGCCUUCCUGCGGGAGAACCUCAAGUCCCUUCACAUUAAGUUCACGGACAUCAAGGAGAUCCCUCUCUGGAUCUACAGCCUGAAGAACCUGAGCGAGCUGCAUCUCACGGGAAACCUGAGUGCUGAGAACAAUCGUUACAUCGUGAUCGACGGGCUGAGGGAGCUGAAACGACUCAAGGUGUUGCGGCUCAAGAGCAACCUGACCAAGUUGCCCCAGGUGGUCACCGACGUGGGCGUGCACCUGCAGAAACUGUCCAUCAACAACGAGGGCACCAAACUGAUGGUCCUCAACAGUCUGAAGAAGAUGGUGAACCUUACCGAGCUGGAACUCAUUCGCUGCGACCUGGAGCGCAUCCCACACUCCAUCUUCAGCCUGCACAACCUGCAGGAGAUUGACCUGAAGGACAACAACCUGAAGACCAUCGAGGAGAUCAUCAGCUUCCAGCAUCUGCACCGGCUUGUCUGCCUCAAGCUCUGGUACAACCAGAUCGCCUACAUUCCCAUCCAGAUUGGCACACUCACCAACCUGGAGAGGCUCUACCUGAACCGCAACAAGAUAGAGAAAAUCCCAAGCCAGCUCUUCUUCUGCCGCAAACUACGGUUUCUGGAUCUGAGUCACAACAAUCUCACCUACAUACCGGCUGAUAUUGGAUUCCUCCAGAACCUGCAGUACUUUGCUGUGACUGCCAAUAGGAUCGAGACCCUCCCCCCAGAGCUGUUCCAGUGUAAGAAGCUGCGCACGCUGAACCUGGGCAACAACUGCCUGCAGUCGCUGCCGUCGCGCUUCGGGGAGCUGACGGGCCUGACGCAGCUGGAGCUGCGGGGGAACCGGCUGGAGUGCCUGCCCGUGGAGCUGGGCGAGUGCCGGCUCCUGAAGAGGAGCGGGGUCAUCGUGGAGGAGGACCUCUUCAACACCCUGCCCUCCGAGACCAAGGAGCAGCUGUGGAGGGCCGACAAAGAGCAGGCGUGAGGCGGCCGGCCCGAUGCCCGCGGAGAUACGCACGCACGCAGGGAACGAGCCCCCCGGAGAGGGGGAGGGGGGGGAGCCCACCGGGAGGGCCCCGUUUUGAAUAAGGCAAGGGGGGGUCAGAGGUCAGACAGUUGAAAUGCAAAUUAACCGGAGGGCUCAGGCCUGCGGAGUUUAGUUUCUCGGUUUUAAUUUAUGUCCCUCAAAAUGGAAGCCCAGGUAGGCUCGUCCCUGACGGACAGAACCGGGCAAAUUAGAGACGGAGCAAAAGAAAAAUGGGAGAAUUGACACGGUGCAAAGCACUUUGUAGUUUUUUUAAAAAAUUCCAUAGGAAAGUCGAAUGACACGGAAAGGAUGAAACAAAUAGCCCAGCCGUGGUGGGACGGCCACACCCGCUCCGCAGGGGGAGUGCGGUAGGGGCUGAACUACUGUGCCACAGCGCUACAGUUUUGCUUUGAAGAGAAAAGCAGCGAAGACUUGACUUAUUGGACGGGGGCUGCAGAUAUCCCCUUCCGUAUUGCUGCCAGUGCUGCAGUGGAAGGGUGGGUACAGGAUCAUCCUGUUUAUAAUCGUAUCGGUGGGCUGUCUCGAGGCUGAGACAGUGUAAUCUAUCAACAGGCCCUGCACAGUGUCACAGGAGAUACUGCAUGGCGCUACAGUACCAGACUGUGUGUCAGGAUUUCGCCUUUUGCCAAGAAGUUAUGCCACCUACUAAUAGCCCAUCAGACCUUUUCUUUGAAACCCCUUAUGAAAGGACUGGAUUUACAACCUGAGAGCUGUAGGGAGAGACCUGUGUGACAACAAGCAAUUUGUGUAUUGGAUUGGUUUCCAACGCUACAUGUGGGAAAUAUCUUGUUACCAGCAUGUUGUGACCCUGCAAAUAUUGUUCCAGAAUUAGAGGAAACAUGAACCUGUCGGAGGGAAACACACCAUAGGUUAACUAAAGAGCCUCUUGGUAUUUAUGUAUGCUAAAAAUGUUAUUGCAAGUGCUCAUCAACCUGGCAGGAUUCUGUAAGUAAAAUAGCAAAGUUAACUGACUGAAAUGUUUUCUACAAUGGCUGACUGUUUCCAGUAUAUUCUCUACAUAGAUGAAAGGGUUCCACUCAGAGUGACUGUGGUAGAGUAACUUUAGCUUGAGUAUGAAAUGGAGUUUUGAGGACCAGCUAACAGUCCUUCAUACUAAAAUUGGCCUUAACUUGCAUUUGCUUCAUGUCAUGGGUUGAUUUGGUUUAUGUCCAUUUUAAAUUAUUUAUAUUCUAAAGCCACAUAUGUAAAAGUCUGUACUCACAACAAUUGUCCCUGCUUAAAAGAAAAAAAGAAGAAAUAAAUGGUAUGUGACUUAUGUGGCACCUGCUAUAUCUAGAACUGGGUUCUAGAUCCGACACUCACUUUGUUGUAGAGCAUGGCCAUGUACAAAUAAGUUCAGAGAUAAUGGUUAUCCCCGCUGGUAAACACAUAGUACCUGUGUUUAGUGUCUCUUUAUCAAUGUAAUAACAGAUUUUUAUUAGCUUUUUAUAUUACAAUGUUUCAUUGUAUUUAUACAUUUCUGUUUUAUUUGUCACCGUUUGGGCACUGGAGGGCCUGGAGUAGCCCCUCCUGUAGUACAGUCUGUUUAAUUUUCCUGAAAGUGAAAUGGUGAAAAGGCUUCAUUCAGGCCUGCAUCUUCAGUGGGAGGGAAUUGGGGCCAGUGUUGGGUCUGGGACAUUUUCACCAGUCUGCGCUGAACACGGCGACUUCUGGCUCAGGCGUGGGCCUCCAUCAGAGCUGAGGAACAAUGGCUACCCAACAAGCCCAAGCGUGGGCAGCAGGAACAUGGCGGGAACAUGGCGUCUCAGGAUCUCCUUUGACUUGUGCUGGGGGCCCGAGGCCUUGCCUGACACCAUGCUCACACCAGACCUUUGUGUCACAAACAUCCUCGUUCUGAAAGAAUUGCGCUGCGUGACGCCCUCCCUUUGUUUCAUCCCGUUUCCUUUACCUCCCCGAGCUGGGGGAGCUGUAAUGAUUGCAGGUUGCCCAAUUCUCUCCGUGUACAAAAUCAGCCGAUUCAAGUGGACUACAGGCUCUGAUGGACCUGGAAUCUGUGGCUCUACUGUUCACAAUCACUCUCUUCACUGGAAAUGUCUGGUCUCAAGCAACUGUUAAAUUCCUGCUCAUUUCUGAUGAGGUCCAGAGCACACAUCAGCUGUUCUUUGAGCAUUUCUAUUUGUGCAAAAACAGGGGCAUUGUGUUGCUUUUUGUUGGUAAUACUUAGCUCACAGUUAUCCUAUAUUAUACUCAUUAAAAGCUUCAUUGAUUUUCUGUUUUUCACCACCACAUUCCCUCUUCCUUGUGUGUAUGUGUGUAUGCACACAUGGUUGUGUGUGUGUGCGUGCGUGCGUGCGUGCGUGCGUUUUGUUUUAUUUAAAAAAUGAAUGCCCUGGCCGUACUGACCUUUGUGCUCAUGUUAGCUCCUUGGGACCUGAGCAGACUACUUCAGGACAAGUUCUCUCCUCUUGCGUCACAGGAAACCAAAGAGAGGGCUGCUUUCUAAAAAAAAUGCUGUGCUGAGCCAUGUCCCAGGCUGCAGUGAAAGGUAGGCAAUGAAGGAAAGUUAACAGUUUUAUGACUGUGUUGUAAAAAGAACUUUGGCCCAAAGAAACUAGUACCAGUAUGUACAUACUGUGUAUGAUAAUGAACCAGUACCCCAGGAAAUGCAUUUCUAACACAUUCUGUCUUUGUCAAAGCUGAUCCAUUCCUGUACAAGUAGAAUCCCUGUAACACUGUAAACUGCAUUCUUGGUGUAAUACCCAUGUCACUAACUUGGCUGUGCUAUACUAGAUGCACACUGAGCUAACCAUAAUUGCAUUUAGGCAGAAAUUUCAAUGUCAUGCCAUCUUCUAGCUUCGCAUGACCGUUUGAUUCCUGAACACUACAAGUAAAUGAUGAAGUCUUCCCCAAAUCAAUUCUUGAUGUUCAUUAAAUGCAUUUUCGGUGAACUAUUUGGAUAGAGAAGCUUACGUUGUCAAGUAUACCAUGCAACAGAAAAAAGGGAUAUUACUGUACAUUUGCACAUUUUAAUUAAAUUAAAUUAAUAUGACUUUCUUUGAUAUGGAUCUGUACAGCAAAAAUUUGAGCAUUCUCCCUUAUGUGUAUAUAGUGCCCCCUUGUGUGGAAAUGGACGAGUUUGAAUGUUUGCUGCUGACAAUGUUCCAGGUAUUCAGUGUUUGAUAAGUGGGGAGUAAAGUGUCUGCAAAUAUUUAAUAAUGUUUAUGACUGAAUAAUCUAAUAAUUUUUCAAUCAUUAGUAGCUAUUGUCAGAUUGUUUGUUUAUUUUUAGGCAUUUUUAUUUCCCUAUUUUAUAAUGAAUAAAGGAAUUUGGCUAUUGUUAUUACCAUCGUGCGCAGGUUUGGACCAGUUUUAUUUCUAUUCUGACCUUGGAGAAGAGAGUGGCAUUUAAAAUGUUGAGAGAAAAAUCUCGGUUUUUAAAAAGUGAUCAGAGUUGCCUUUUGUUUCGCCGUUGAGGGACAACCGUGCACAAAGCCUUUCUCAGGACACUGAAUUCCAGCUGUAAUCCUGGCAGUACUUUCUUUCACUGCCAACGUUUCAUUUGCACUUACCUCCUUUAUUUUUCCAGCUACUCAUUUUUCUCAGCUUGUGUCUGAUUGCAUCAUUCUGCUUUGUUGAGCUGUGAUAUGUGGUUGCUGGAGUGAAGAAAAAAACGAUCAUGGCAGUCACAAAAUAAUUGUUUCUAAUGGUGUUAUGUACACAAUCAUUCAACCUGUUCUUCAGUCCAUAUUGGCUUACAGUUUAAAUGAAGCUGGUUCUAUGUCUGAGUGACUUGUGUGAAGGAGGAAACGUACAUUGACAAUCGACUGAACUAACUUAAAUAAUGGUUCUAUAACAUGCUAGCUAGGUUUAUGCAUGGCACUAAACACACAGCAGAAAGAGAAAUACAGGAGGAGAAUGCACUCUAGAUACAUAGCACCAAUGAGUGACAAAAUGAUUUCUCUUUCCAGAGGAUUGGCAAACCUUUGGAUCUGGAAACCCCUGAACUAGUACUGUGUGAACUUCAUAGGCAAGGGUGAGCUGUGGUGUCAACAUUAAGGGCACUUACCUCACAAUUGUGCUUCCUUUUUUUCCAUAAAGAUGACAAACUGGACCAAUUUUCUUAUAGCAACCAAUCUCUUGUUUACUUCAAGUGAUUAUCAGUAAUCUACCUUAUCAGCUUUUUCUUCUGUUAGGCUUUCACUUCAUCCACUUAGCAGUAUUCGCUUGCAAUAUCCUGAAGAUUACAUUUAAACUUCUCUCGGAAUAGCACAGGCCUCAAAGGCAGUGCUAUUCCACUAAAUGAAUUCACUAGAUUACUGAUGAAAGAAUUUGGCAACAGUCAAAACUAUACAAGCCACUCAUUUUUGCAGUGACUGCACCAAAUGUUGUGAUACAAGAGUGAUCACAGAUUCGACAAUUCAGCUGAAAAUGGCAAAAUACAGUUUGAAUCUGGAUCUAAUGCAGCUGGAGGCAUUAGUCUGUGCUUGGAGUACUGCUAUUAAUUAUUGGCUAGUUUCUCAGGCAUGGUUAUAGAUGUCAUAUGGAUGCAGGAUAUCACUACUUUUUAUCACCGUUAAAUGCAGUUUUAUGGAGUGAUUUAUUAAUUUGGAUAUGCCAUUUAAUGGACUACUAUCUGGAUUACAUUCUUUGUGACAUUAGAGUGUGUUUUGGCUAAUAAAAAUCUGUUUACUCGGUGUGAAUGUGUCAUCCUUAAGGACCAGUGCUGAGAAAUUACUAUUCCUCUUUGCAUAUUCCUAUUUUAUUUGUUAGUAUACAGUUACGUGUCAAGUUCUAACUUCUAACUCGUUACGCAUUAUUAUUGGUGUAUAUUAUAUGCUUUAAAAUGCUUUAUUUAUGUCUUGCGCUUGUACAUUUCAUACUUGGCCAAUGAUGACUUAAAAUUGUGAACUGACAAUUCACAAAUACAUAAGUUCCACUCUUCAAAUAUUAAGUUAUAGCUCGUUUUCCUUUAAGUUUCCAAAAUUGUAAAACUGUAUUAAACUGGAAGGCUUUGUUGUGUGAACCAUCCUCCUUCAAUCCAUCAUCUUCAAUAUUUGAUAUAGUCCUCAGUGCUUUACCAUUCAUUUCCUUUACUUUUCUAUACUCUGACAUUAAAGUAAAAUAAACUAAAAUGUA